CAUCCUUUAGUGUGGCAUCCACACCUUUCUGAAGAUGUUUCUGAAGAUCUUCUGCGCACUGCUAUGCUUCAGCGUCACCUGGGCAACAGAAAAUGGAAGCACCUUUGAGGAUCUGGGUGGCUCAGCUCGUGGUUCCAGAAUAGUGGAGCAUAAGACCCAAGCCGGCUGCCUACAAGAAUCAAAUGCACAAGCAUGCUCUGAUGAGGACUGGGGCAAAAAAUGUCCCUCAGGAUGCAGGAUGCAAGGACUGAUACAUGAAACGGAUCAGGACUUUAAUAACAGGAUUGGCAAAAUUAGGAAACUACUCACACAAAAUCUAGAAAGCUACAAGUCAUCAAAUAUUCUGAAGCAGGAAAUCACGAACAUUGUGGACCGCAAUGUGAACAGUGAACAACAGAUUUCUGAUAGUUAUGGGCAAACAUCUGAUAAUCUGAGGAGCAGACUUGUGAUACUGCAACAGAGAGUUCUCAACCAUGUAAACAAGAUUAAAACCCUGCAGAACACUAUCCAGACUCAAGUUGGAGAGAUAAAGCGUUUAGAGGUGGACAUUGAUAUUAAGCUACGUGCCUGCAAAGGAUCUUGUGGUCGUGUUCAAAACUACAACGUGGACACAGAGGGCUACGACAACAUACAGAAGCAGCUCAUCCAAGCUAGUACCAUCAAACUGCAACCGGAAUUUGAAGCUACUCCUUUGAGGGUGCUGAAGAUGAGGCCGCUGAAGGACUCUACUGUUCCCAGCCACUUUAAAACUAAAGCUCCUCUGUCCCAACAAGAAGCCGAAACACUUAAUCGUUUACAGAUAGUUGAAGCAAUACUGGAAAAUUCAGGAGAUGAGUCCAGAGGCUCUCCAGUGGACCACAAGCAUGUUGUGCCCAGACCAGGGGCAGCAGGACAGCCACACACUACCAAGUUAGUCACUACUACUACUACAACUUCUGGAGGGGGUGGCGCUAACAUGAAAGUAGUCAGACCUGAUACGGCUCACUACACCCAAACGUGCGUCAGAACAGUCACCACGAAAGUAAUCCGGGGCCCUGAUGGUGAAAGAGAAGAGACGGUGGAACAGUUUAGAGCUCCCGAUGGUUCGGACUGUUCCCAUGUGCAAGGCUUUGAGAAAGAGGCAGGAGGUUCCACCUACCAUAUCAAAGGGACCUCAGGCGUCGUCGGAAGUGGCUCCCUGGACUUGUCUUUGCUGCCUUCAGAGGCAAGAGAGUUUUUCUCUGGCAGCAAACUCCAUACUGACAGCACAUUUCAUAGCACGGGAACGUUUGAUGGACCGGACUUCUCUGACUUAGGGGAGGGAGAAGACGACUUCACAAGAUUUGACCACUCCUCGGCCUUUGAGUCUAGGACAAGUGGCGGCUCGACCCAUUCUGUGUCCAGCAGCAGUAGCACUAGUGGAUUCAACAAAGGGGGCUCCACUUUUGAAACCAAGUCAAUCAAAGUGCCAGGAUUUAGUGAGACAGAAUGGGUGCAACACGAUCAGAGUGGAGAGGAUAAUCCUGAUUUUCAGGCGCGCAGCUUGAACCCAGGAGGACAGAAGCAGGGGGAAAGCUACAUCGGGACAGACUGUGAGGAUAUCCGCCAAAAGCACACUUCUGGUUCUCGAAGUGGUCUUUUCAAAAUCAAGCCAGCAGGAUCCGCUAAGGGGUUUUCAGUUUAUUGCGACCAAGAGACCACUUUGGGAGGAUGGCUUCUGAUCCAACAGAGAUUGGAUGGGUCAUUGAAUUUUAACGGGACCUGGCACGACUUCAAGAAUGGUUUCGGAAAAGUGGACAACCAAGGGAAAGGAGAGUUGUGGUUGGGCAAUGAAAAAAUCCACGUGAUGACCCGGAAGGACACCGUCCUUCGGGUUGAAAUGGAGGAUUGGGAGGGCAAUAAAGUGUAUGCAGAAUAUAAUAUGCAGGUGAGCUCUGAAUCAGAAGGUUAUCAGCUCAUCAUCUCAAACUAUGAGGGGACAGCUGGGGAUGCUCUGAUCAAAGGCUCAGAAGAAGGAGGCAGUCAAUACACAUCUCACGCUAACAUGACAUUUAGUACUUUUGACAGAGACAGUGAUCAAUGGGAGGAGAACUGUGCUGAGAUGUAUGGAGGCGGAUGGUGGUACAACAAUUGCCAAGCCGCUAAUCUCAAUGGGAUUUAUUACACAGGAGGUCAGUAUGACCCACGGAACAAUGUUCCAUAUGAGAUUGAAAAUGGGGUGGUUUGGGUAACUUUCAGGCCCUCAGAUUAUUCUCUCAAAGCUGUUAGAAUGAAAAUCCGACCUAUAGAGACAGAGUAGAUCCCAUUGCAAAGACGAAAAACAUAACAAACAAAAACAGUUUCCAAAAUGAUAUAUACCUCAAAACUAUCUUGUGUGUGUGUGUGUGUUUUAUUUUUACCUAAAGCAACUGAGAGACAUCUGCCUAUUAAAUAAAAUAAACAGUUCCACUCAAAAAGAA